CGGAUGGUGGGGCUCCUUGCAAAACCCUAGCCGAGAUCUGAGCUAAGUCUUUCCGCUGCGCCAUUGUCUGUCUUUCUCAAUUCCAGAGCUCCACUCCUCUUCCCCUUGCUUAUCUCCAAGCACCGUUUCGCCACCAUGGGACGUGUAAGGACCAAAACCGUGAAGAAGGCCUCAAGGGUCAUGAUCGAGAGGUACUACUCUCGCAUGACCCUGGACUUCCAGACCAACAAGAAGAUUGCCGAGGAGGUGGCAAUCAUCCCGUCGAAGAGGCUCCGCAACAAGAUCGCCGGGUUCGCCACUCACCUGAUGAAGCGCAUCCAGAGAGGGCCAGUGCGCGGAAUCUCUCUGAAGCUGCAGGAGGAGGAGCGCGAGAGGCGCAUGGACUUCGUGCCGGAGGAGUCAGCGAUCAAGACUGACGUGAUCGAGGUGGAUAGGGAGACGAUCGAGCUGUUGGCUCACCUGAACAUGCCUCAGCUGCCGGGAGUGGUGCAGCAGGCAGCCCCUACCGCGGGAGGAGGGUUCUUCAAGCCCCAGGGGGGAGGAUACCAAGGCAACAGGAACAGGAAUUAGAUGAUAGCGAGAGGUUUGAUCAUGUAGCCAGGUUCUGUGCAUGCUGGGUGCGGCUCCUUUUUCGUUGUUUGAAGAAAUGUAGUUAAUCCCCCCCUACAUCAUUCAACUCGGCCCUGGGCAGAAAACUCCUAGCUUGGCUGCUUCACCGAAAUGACGCUGCAUGCUUGUUUAACCAGAUUCUGUUUACUAGAUUCACUCUCAUUGAAGCACUUGGCUGUACUUCUGAAACCUCUAACGCUGUAAUGCACAGAUGCUUACCACUCGCUGUGAGCUCCACGUGCACGAAUUCACAUAU